AUGUCGACAGCCGCAGCACCUGGCAAGCUGGCCAGCACCAUCACUACGAACCUCUCCUCCCUCACCUCGAAAGCGCUGGCCACCACCUCGACGCAGCAAUCUCUCAUGCAGUCCGUCAAACGCAUCAUCCCGCCUCUGUCCACCACCAAGCACAAAGGCCAAGCUGGACGGAUCGGCAUCGUCGGUGGCUCUCGCGACUACACCGGAGCGCCCUUCUUCGCCUCGAUGUCCUCGAUGCGGUUCGGAUGCGAUAUGUCGUACACCAUCUGCACACCGGAAGCGGGCAACGUGAUCAAGACCUACUCGCCCGAUCUCAUCGUCAACCGACUGCUCGAUCCCAGGCUGGAAUGGUCCGAGGUGGAGAAAUCGGUCGACGAACUGUUCCAGCGAUUCCACGCUGUCGUCAUUGGACCGGGACUGGGUCGCGACGAGUUUAUGCAGAAAUGCGCCAAGCUGUGCAUCAACCUGGCCCGAAAACACGACAUGUACGUCGUCGUAGAUGCGGAUGGUCUGUGGCUUCUGCAAAACGAACCGGAGUUGGUUCAAGGGUACAAGAAAGCGAUCCUCACUCCGAAUGUAGCAGAAUUCGCCCGACUGUGCGAUAAGCUCGGUGUCGAUACGAAACAGGACCCUGAUUCCGCUGCCAAAAAGCUCGCCACGGCUCUACAGGGACCCACGGUGUUGGAAAAGGGCAAAGUGGAUCGUAUUACCAACGGCAAAGAGGUUCUCUACGUAGAUGUCGAGGGUGGUCUGAAACGUUGCGGUGGUCAGGGCGAUAUUCUAGCCGGGUGCUUGGGAACGUUUGCCGGGUGGGCAAAGAUCUACGAGGAAGAGAACAAGGGUCUUCCAGCAACCACGAGCACAGAGGGAAAAGGGGAUCUCAUCGCGCAAGACAGGUUGCUGCUGUUGGCUGGGUAUGGAGCGAGUCUGACGGCGAGGACGUGCAGCAGGCUGGCGUUUGGCAAGAAGAAGAGGGCCAUGUUGGCGGAUGAUCUGCUGCCAGAGGUCGGAGAGGCGUACGAGCAAUUGUGGGGCGAUGUUCAGGCAGUGUUGUGA